UAAAUUAAUACUAUUAAUAAAUUAUGCUUAUAUUUAUUAUUUUAUUAAAAAUUUUAUUGUGUUUUAAAUUAAUAUCAUGUAUUGAUGUGAAGACAACAUCGGGUGUAGUGAGAGGUCAGACACUACAUGUGCUCAACACAAGUAUUGACCAGUUUUUGGGUAUACCUUAUGCCGAACCACCCGUCGGGAGACUCCGGUUUGCCAAACCUGAACCCAUCAAAACAUCACUCAAUUACAUAAUAGACGGAUCAAAAACAUGCAAUUCAUGUCCGCAAAUGCAAUUGGGGGCAAAUAAUUGGAAUAAAAUGAACAUAACAUAUAGUGAAGACUGUUUGGUAUUAAACAUAUGGACACCAAAUGCGGGCAAUAAUAACACAAACAAAUCACAGCUCAAACCCAUUAUGUUUUUCAUACACGGCGGGGCAUUUAUGAUGGGAUCAAUAUUUUUUAUGCCUAUUGUCAAUGGGAGUGUUUUGGCCACACAUGAUGUGAUGAUUGUGACCGUAAACUAUAGGUUAGGCAACUUUGGUUGGCUAUACGGGGAUCGGGAGGACGCGCCCGGAAAUGUAGGCUUUUAUGACCAGUUAUUGGCUCUCAAAUGGGUUAGAGAAAAUGCUCAUAAGUUUGGCGGAGAUAGGGAUCGGAUCACCAUUUUUGGUAUGAGCGCCGGGAGUUGGUCGGUGUCCGCACACAUACUCUCCCCGCUAUCCAAAGGCCUAUUCAAGAGGGCUAUCAUGCAGUCGGGCGCCCAUAUGAACAACAAAAACAUCGAUCAAUGGACAAAAUCCCAGGCCUUAACAAAAGCGAAACAAUUUGCAAAACAAUUCAAUUGUACCGAAACUAGCGAUUGGUUACAAUGCCUGCGAGCGCUCGACACCGACGACUUGAUAGCCUACGAGAUUGGCCUUAUAUUUCCCUUAACUGGCGAUCAAUUUUUGCCACUCAGGGCUCAAAAUGCAUUUGAAACUAUGAAAUAUAACCAUGAUAUCGAUAUAAUGGCGGGCGUGACACACGAUGAGGGCUCAAAACUGUCCAUGCUAUUAUUAUAUAAAGUGAGCGAGAUGACUCUUGAUGCUUUCAAAAAAUGCACACAAGAAUUUAAGGAUCGUUUUUACCCGGGUAUAGACCCAGAUAAAGCGGCUACAUUUUACCUUAAAGGUGUGAACACGUCCAGCGAAUCGGCCCUCCGGUGGGCAUUUUACGACUUGGCGGGCCAUCUCAUGAUGACGUGUCCCACAUAUAUGUUUGCCAAACAGUUUGCCCGUAAUGUUAAAGCGAAUGCGCGUAAUGUUUAUUUCUACGAGCUCACCUAUGUUAGCCCGGUGUUGGCCAAACUGUGUAACUGUGACGUUGCCACCAAGGGCGUUUGUCACGCAACUGAUAUGACCUAUGUGUUUGGCAUACCGUUCCUUAUGCCCGAUAUGGCCACACUCGACGACAUACAGUUUAGCCGUCAUAUAAUGCAGAUGUGGACUAAUUUCGCGAAAUACGGCAAACCCGACGAUAAUUGGCCGCAAUUGUUGGCUAACAAUACAAUUAAUGUGAAAGACUUGAAUCCAGUGAAUACGAGCCGAGUAUUGGAUAAUCCCUUUCAUAGCACUUGCGAUGGCUUUUGGAGGGAUUAUUAUUUGUAA